ACGUAUUAUAUUUGGAACUUAUAUGAAGUAUUGAACUUAGCGCUGACUCAUAAAGCAACAUGGCGAAAAAUCAGAGAGUUGCUAUUGUUUCAUUUCAAGAGCAUUUUAACAAAAUUUUCAAAGUUUUUAUUAAAUUUGGCACGAUAGAGCCUGUUGUUAUUGCUUUAAUAUGCUGGAUUAUUGUCAUAAUUGGCUCAUUGAUUCACGAUUUUCAUCGGCCGCCCGAAUUUUACUUGUCUGACAAGCGAAAUAUUUUUAACGCUCUGUUUGCAAAAUGGUGCCUGGCAUGGACCUUAGCGUUUCUAACGCCAUAUAUGGGUUUAACCUACUUGGUGAAAAGUAAAUACAACUUGAAAUCGGUUUCCAAGAAGGUUUUACGGCUUGUUGUUGCUGUUACAAUUUGGUUUGUGGUGACAACUGUUUUGGACUGGAUAGAGAACUUGACAGGGGAAUGUGAAGGAAGUGAUUUAUAUUCAAAGAAGCAGGAGUGUUUCCGAGAAGGCUUAGUUUGGAACGGGAUUGAUAUCUCUGGGCAUUCAUUCCUUUUGGCAUACUGUACUCUUAUAAUUAGCGAAGAAGUCCAAGUCGUUAGAUAUUGGACUAACGAGAAGAUCUAUCCUAACGAGACUAUUUAUGCUAAUGAGAAGAACAGUCCUAACAAGAACAUUUAUGGUGAGAGGAUUCAAACUAACAAGCAAAUUUACUCUAACGAGACAUUUCAGUCAAAAUCAAAGCAGGAGUUUGUUAGUGUUCGUUGUAUUUGUAUCGUGCUGUACAUCUGUUGCUGUCUGCUGAUGAUGUUAUGGGUGACGCUCCUUGUGUUUACAGCUGUCUAUUUCCACACUACCAACAGCAAGAUACUUGGGAUUAUUUUGGCUCUCUCUGCAUGGAUUCUUACGUAUAAAGUCUACUUCUUAUCAAAGUACUUUCCUGGUGCCGCUACAAGAUUUUAACUGCUGUUUUGAGUUAAAGUUAGUAAGUUAUUAUCAGAUUUUAAUUUAAAAUUCUAGUUUUUAUCUUAAAGAUGCGGUACAGUCCGUAUGUAAUCAACGGCUUUGUUUACAUUUCGGUAUUUCCCAAAUAUUGAAUUUUAUUUGACAACUAUUUAUAUUUUCAUGAUUCUAGAGUAUAAUAAAUUAUCAAAAC